AUGGGGAUGAUAAUGAUUCCCUCAACCGGAGCCAUAUGGUCUGCGUUGACGAGUAUUACUGCGACAGCAGUGAUAAUUCAAACAAUUUUCAAUGAGAUACGCCGUAUAAUUGAGCCUAUUAUACCGAUGGACAAAAUAUUACAGCUGUUGGAGAGAGUAGUGUUUUAUACUCAGUCGACAGAGAUGAUCCUAACCAUCGAUGAGUUCAAUGAUUUUUUGCAUAAUGAAAUAUUCAUGGCGUCGGAGACUUUCUUGAGCACAAAAAUCACACCCUCCUCGUGUCAAAACCUUAAGGUUUUUCAGAAUACCAACUUAAUAAAGAAUAAUGAAAACAUCAUAUAUAUUAGCAUGGAAAAUGGCGAAAAGAUCAGCGACGUGUUUGAGGGAAUGGUGGUUAUGUGGGAGUUCAUCAUCACAACGAGAACUACGAAUAAUAAUCGAAGAGAUGGGUCGGCAAGUGCACUAGCCAGACCAAUUGAGAAUCGAUCGUUCAAGCUGAGUUUCAAAAAGAAGUUUAUGGAGAAAGUGGUGAAAGGUUAUCUCCCCUACAUAAUAGAUAAAGCUAAAGCCAUCAACGAAGAAAGAAAAGUAGUGCAGCUUUUCUCUAAAUUAGGUGACUACCAUUACUUAGAUGGGAAUCCAUGGAGUUCCAUCAACUUCGACCAUCCAUCCACAUUCGUCACGCUGGCCAUGGAUGAGGGACUCAAGGAGGAACUCAUCCAUGAUUUAGAUAGGUUCCUGGAUCAAAAACAAUUUUAUAAGAAAGUGGGCAAGGCUUGGAAGCGCGGCUACUUGCUCUACAGCCCUCCUGGUACUGGAAAAUCAAGCUUGAUUGCGGCCAUGGCUAAUCAUCUCAAGUUUGAUAUAUAUGACUUGCAACUUUCGAAUCUCCGUAAAGAUUCCCAUCUUAGGAACCUUGUUGCGUAA